UAUCAGUUUCCCCGUCGCACGUUCUGAUUUCAUCCGUCGCACGCGGGAUUCCGCAUUUCAUACUUCAUACAGGAUACAGAUCAUUGUUGAUGUUAACUGAGCAGUUGCUACAGUGAUGUCCCGUCCUCCUCCAGAACCACUGUACAUCCUGAGGGGUUCAGGGGCCACAGUGAACAGCCUGCACUUCUGCUGUGGUGGGGAUGGACCACCAUUUCUCUACUCUGGGUCAGGUAAAGGUGCAAUCCAUAUGUGGAACCUGACCACCAGGAGAGCAGAGCGCAUUCUAGAGAGCCAUGCUGGGAACUCUGUUAUCUGGCUCCACACUUUCAAAGACAGCAGAAGCAGAUUUGUCAGUCAGGGCCGGGACUUGCGGGUGUGUGUGUGGGAUCUGUCUGAAGACCGCAGGACAGUGACGGACUCUCUCCUCACGGGCAGUGUGGGGUUCUGUCAGUGCUCUCUGCUGGAGACCCGACCUGGAGCCGCUCUACUGGCCCACCCCACAGAAAACAUGGAGGAGGUGAGUGUGGUGGAGGUGAAGAGCUGGACUCCAGUUUGCACUCUGAAACCAGAUUCAAAGCUGGGGAUGCUCAUGUGUAUGAAGAUGUGGCAGGCGGAUUCUGGUCCAGUUCUGUGUGCCGGUUAUGAGGACGGCUCUCUGGUGUUAUGGGAUGUUUCCCAUCGCCGUCCGUUCAGCUGUCUGAAGGCACAUCCUGAGCCAGUCAUGUGUCUAGACAUUGAUGUAUGCAAGCAGAAAGGCAUCUCGGGGUCUUCAGAGAAGAUCCUCCAAUCCUGGACCCUUGACAACCAGCAAAACCUUCAGAUGCACGACUCUGUUCAGAUGACCAAUCCUGGGGUCUCCCAGCUGCGUAUCCGUGUCGAUGGAAAGGUCCUCGCUACGGCGGGAUGGGACAACAACAUCAGAGUGUUGGGCUGGAAGAAACUGAAGCCAUUGGCUGUUCUGCAACAUCAUACUGACAUGGUAUUUCCUCUGGGAUCAAACAGUGUUUUCAUGCUGAACUUCUCACGCAUCAUGUUUGACUUCAAAGACGGACACAAAUUUCGGUGCAUUCACCGCAUAAAUAAUGGACAUUUUUAGAAGCGGUCAUUGUUGGAAACAGCCGUCAGUCAUCAUUCAUGGAUGCAGGUACACAGGCUGUGCGACCGCGGGCCCCAGUCGGCCUCUCUCAUCAUGGCGAAGCGCUACCAGAGAAAACACAGAUGGGUAGACCCCUGACGGAAGAGCCAUGGGUCCGGGUGUCCCGGCCUUCCUGAUGGGCCAAACUCAUUACCUCUAGCCGGGAACAGGCUCACGCGAAGGGAGGCCCAAUCCUCCAAACGGGCUCUUCCGGCCCCAAAUGUGUACUAAAGCAGGGAAAUAACAUGUGCGCUUCACUUGACAAUGGACGGAUUGUUAAAAGAUUUAAUUAUAAGGAUGAAUAUAC